AUGACUGACGAGAAGUCCUACCCCGUCCCCUACCGCAGCCAGCUGCAGGAGAAGAUCGAGCCCGGUCAGACGCUGAUCGUCAAGGGAUCCACGAUCGAUGAGAGCCAGAGGUUCACGAUCAACCUGCACACCAAGUCGGCCGACUUCUCCGGAAAUGAUGUGCCUCUUCACAUCUCCGUCCGCUUCGAUGAGGGAAAGAUUGUCAUGAACUCCUUCAUGAACGGCGAAUGGGGAAAAGAGGAGCGCAAGUCGAACCCGAUCAAGAAGGGCGACUCGUUCGACAUCCGCAUCCGCGUCCACAAUGACCGCUACCAGGUCAUCAUCGACCACAAGGAGUUCAAGGACUACGAGCACCGCCUGCCGGUCACCUCGGUGAGCCACCUUUCGAUUGAUGGCGACCUCUACCUGAACCAUGUGCACUGGGGCGGCAAGUACUACCCGGUCCCCUACGAGUCAGGAAUCGCCGCCGGAUUCCCCGUCGGCCAGUCCCUGCUCAUCUUCGGCGCCGUCGAGAAGAAGGCCAAGCGCUUCCACGUCAACCUCCUCCGCAAGAACGGCGACAUCGCCCUGCACCUCAACCCUCGUUUUGAUGAGAAGCACGUUAUCCGCAACGCGCUGGCCGCCAACGAGUGGGGCAACGAGGAGCGCGAGGGCAAGCUGCCCUUCGAGAAGGGAGUCGGCUUCGAUCUGGCCAUCACGAAUGAGCCCUACGCCUUCCAGGUGUUCGUGAACGGAGAGCGUUUCUGCACCUUCGCCCACCGCUCUGACCCCAACGACAUCUCGGGCCUCCAGAUUGCCGGCGACCUCGAGCUGACCGGAAUCCAGAUCCAA